AUGUCUGGCCGCGGUAAAACUGGAGGCAAGGCGCGGGCGAAGGCGAAAUCGCGCUCUUCCAGAGCUGGGCUGCAGUUUCCUGUGGGUCGAGUUCAUCGGCUCCUACGAAAGGGCAACUACGCCGAGCGGAUUGGAGGGGGCGCUCCGGUGUACCUGGCUGCCGUGCUCGAAUAUUUGAGUGCCGAGAUUUUGGAGCUCGCUGGCAAUGCCGCGAGGGACAAUAAAAAGAGCCGAAUCAUCCCGCGACACUUGCAGUUGGCGGUUCGCAACGAUGAAGAAUUAAACAAGUUGCUGGGGGGAGUCACGAUCGCCCAGGGCGGCGUCUUGCCGAACAUCCAUGCGGUUUUGUUGCCGAAGAAAACCGAAAUUCUGCAUAGCGCUACUAGCUCCAAGCCCACCACCAGCGUGAGCAAGUCUGCCAAGAUACCCAAAGUCGCCGUCAAGCCGACGGCCGCUCCUGUUGCUGUUCAGUGA